AUGGAAAAACAUCAAUCACUUUUUGAAGAUAAUUUUUCCCUUGUUGGAAAUGGUAGAGGUACUCUUAUAUAUGAUGGUCCUGCGGAUUAUCUUUUCUACAUGAGUGGUCGCAGAAAUUGUCAAUAUAUUCAUGGAAGAAUAACGCUUAAGCCACGGCAUGAUAUACUUCAAACAAUUACAAAUUUUUUUACAUCUCAAUUUAGCAGUAAAGCUGUAAAAGACACUGUCACUUAUAAUGUAACAAUGAAUAAUGGUUAUUACGAUGACUUCGUUUUUGGUGUCAUAAAAAAAGAAAGCGCUUCCGAUCUUCGUCAAUCACGUUAUGAUUUGAAAACUUUUACAAAACAAAGUCAGCAUAAUCUCCUCCCAAACGUUUUUAACGUUCACAGCGAAUCUGUGGAAAUUACUGAUAUAGUUCUUAGCAAUAGAAUUAUUGAUUUAUUGAAAGCAUCUUCCAAAUAUUUGACAUAUCUAAUAAUUACUGAUCAGCCACGAAUUCGUCCGGAAAAACUCAUUGAAGAUCGACAAAAAAUUUUAACUGUCAUGCAUGAACUUCCAGAUGACAUAUCAAUGUUUUCGGAUAUUCUGAUUGUAACAGAACUACUUCUAACAUUGAUUGAUUUGAUUCCUGCACAAUGUUCUUUCAGAACUGAGACUAGGCAAAAACUUAAAAAGAACAGAGAAGAAGCUGAAAAAGUAAUACAAAAAAAUUUAACACUUGAAAGACAAGAGGAAAUUCAGCAGAAAAAGGCUGAUAAGAAACGUGCUGAAGCUGAACGUAUAGCUAAAUUAUCUCCUGAAGAACAACGAAAGUGA